UUUUUUUCCGAUGGGAACGCUUCAGUCAUGGAGAAAAGCUUAUGGAGCCUUAAAAGACUCCACCAAAGUCGGCUUAGUCCGAGUCAACAGCGAUUACGCCGAAUUAGAUGUUGCCAUAGUUAAAGCUACGAAUCAUGUCGAGUGUCCUCCCAAAGAUCGCCAUCUCAGAAAAAUAUUCGCGGCAACAUCAGUGACUCGUGCUCGAGCAGAUGUUGCUUAUUGCAUUCACGCCCUUUCUCGCCGUUUGCAUAAAACCAGAAAUUGGACGGUUGCCCUGAAAACACUAAUUGUUAUUCAUCGGCUUCUAAGGGAAGGAGAUCCAACGUUCAGAGAGGAGCUAUUAAACUUUUCGCAGAGAGGGCGAAUUCUGCAACUUUCUAACUUCAAGGAUGAUUCAAGCCCUAUUGCCUGGGAUUGUUCGGCUUGGGUACGUACUUAUGCAUUAUUCCUCGAGGAACGGCUUGAAUGCUUCAGGGUUUUAAAAUAUGAUACUGAAGCAGAACGUCUUCCUAAAUCUACCCCAGGCCAGGAUAAGGGGUACAGUAGAACCAGGGAUUUAGAUGGUGAAGAACUCUUGGAACAGUUGCCAGCUUUGCAGCAGCUUCUAUAUCGUCUCAUUGGUUGCAGGCCAGAAGGCGCUGCUAACCACAAUCAUGUUACACAAUAUGCACUUGCUCUGGUGUUGAAAGAGAGUUUUAAAGUCUAUUGUGCUAUCAAUGAUGGAAUUAUCAAUCUCAUUGACAAGUUCUUUGAAAUGCCAAAACAUGAAGCCAUCAAUUCCCUCGAAAUAUACAAGCGUGCGGGUCAGCAGGCACGAAGCCUUUCUGAUUUCUAUGAAGCCUGCAAAGGAUUGGAACUUGCGAGGAAUUUUCAGUUUCCUGUUCUUAGAGAGCCUCCACAAUCUUUUCUGACAACAAUGGAGGAGUAUAUUAAAGAAGCACCACGAGUUGUUGAUGUCCCAGCGGAACCACUGCUUCUAACGUAUAGGCCGGAUGAUGGACUGACUGCCGAAGAUACUGAACCGUCGCAUGAAGAACGUGAAAUGUUACCUUCAGAGGAUGUCGUUGUUGCUUCUGAAGAGACAGAACCUUCUCCCCCGCCUCCUCCUUCAGCCAACACUCAGAUCUUCAUUGAUACUGAUGAUCUACUGGGUCUGAACAGUGGUACUCCUGAUGCAUCUGUGAUCGAAGACCAAAAUGCACUUGCUUUAGCCAUUAUUUCAACUGAUGUUAAUCCUUCAACGCCUCGUUUUGGUCAAGCAAAUGAUUACGAUCCUACAGGAUGGGAGCUUGCUUUGGUGACGGCACCCAGCAGAGAUAUCUCUGCAGCGACCGAGAGGAAAUUGGCUGGAGGGUUAGACACGCUUACACUUAGCAGUCUAUACGAUGAUGGAGCCUACAUAGCUUCCCAACGCCCAGCGUACGGUGCACCAGCUCCCAAUCCUUUUGCGUCCCAUGACCCAUUUGCGUCGUUCAAUGGCACAACUCCCCCACCUCAGCAGCAGCCAGCGGUGAACAACCCCUUUGGUGCGUACCAGCCGACGUAUCAGCAUCAGCCCCAGCCAACGUAUCAGCAUCAGUCCAACCCUCCUCCUACCAACAAUAGUAAUCCAUUUGGAAAUUUCGGGGAAUUCCCGGGAAAGCCGGUGUCACAGCAGCCAAAUACCACGGGUUAUGGUGAUUUUGCGGUAAACCAACAUAACAACCCAUUCCACAGCACUGGCCUCCUGUGAUCAUGUUUUCUCUAUUCACGUAUGUAUCUUUGAUUGGUUUUGGUUGGAGGGAAAUGGUUUAUUUUGUGAGUAAUAGAACCACAUGAUUGGUUUUGAUGAUCUCUGUUUUUUAUUAUUUGUAGAAAUAUAAAAAUGUCUACGAUAUAUAUAUAUAUAUGCAUAUAUGAGUUAAAUAAACCCCCCUCCCCAUGUUA